UAUUAAUAGGAGAGCUUGAUGGUGCUUAAUUCCAGAGACCAGAGCUCUGAUUGCUGGGGGCUUGAUGAAAAGUAGAGAGAAAUAGUAGGAAUGUAGUCGUUAAAAACAUCACUUUCACCAUGCCCGAAAUCCUAUGAAUUAAUUCUUCACCCAUCUUUGAGGACAGGGUAAAACUGGAAAAAACCAUCAAAAUCAUUGGACGUCUUAAAAAAAUUGGAUUGUGUGAGUGAAAGGUGUUUAUGGGAAGUGGAUGACUCCAGAGCUCAUCAUCCAUGAGGACAGCACAGAAUAGUUAAUAUGUUCCUUGAGGGACUAGGAUGCUGACGUCUUUUUCUGAUACCCGGUCAUUGCGUGACUGAGGGAGGAGGGGGGGAAAAAAAAGAGGAAGUCAUUUCAUGAGCGCAACAGUGCAACCAAAUAUUCUGUACUUGAGGGCCACGGGCAGGCAGAUGUUGACAGAGAAGUCUCUCCUAAAACCAUCUUCAGAUAGAUAGGUUUCUGCCGCUGCUAUAUAAACAGGAGCAGAGGGCCGGUCACCUCUGCAACCACCGGCGGUAGCAGCAGCAGCAGAAGCAGCCGCAGCCGGAGGGACCUCGGAGCGGAGGAGGCACUGCUUCUACCCAAGAAGCUGCCUGACCCGGCGGCUCCCUGGGACUACGGACGCCGGCUUCGCCUUCACCCCCUUUUCUUUUUUCCUUCCUCUUCUUCUUUGAUUUCCCCCCUCCUUUCCUUCAUCCCUGACUCCUUUCUCCCGGUGGACUCAGGUCACUUGGUCCUCCACCCCCUCCUUCGCUGGUCGCCUCCUCUUUCCCUCCUUCUGCCUCCCUCUCUUCGCCCCAUUCAUUCAUUCCUUUGGCGGCUGUCACGCUCCCUCCUAGUUCUGUGCGGCUCCAAACUUUUGCACAGAAGCCUGGCCGCACGCAGCAAACAAGUCCUCCAGCUCCUCCUGCUGCUCCCGCUCGUCCCCCAGACGCCGACACCGGACGGCGAUGCCCCUGGGGCUGUGACUCCAGCGCAGAAACUUGGAGGAUCGCUCGGCUAAACCGUCCUACUUGGCAGCAAACCCUUCCUGGCGGCGAACGGCCAUGGGUGGCGGAACCAGGCUGGCCCUGCUGGUCUACGGGAUCAUCAUGCACAGCAGCGUGUCCUGCUCCCCGGACGCCACCGGACUCCCGUUCCCCGGGAUCAGGUCGGAGGAGGAGGCAUACGACGAGGACGGAAACCAGCUGCAAAACUUCUACGACUGGGAGCCGCCCCGCGUGGAGAGACCCGCCUCCGGGCCCCGCGAGGCCCACGCGCCCAGCCCCCCGGGGGAGAUGAGGGACUUCGCCCACGCAAUCCUGCACAAGGCCUACCGCAAAGUGCUGGACCAGCUGUCCCGCAAGAAACUGCUGCAGAAGCUCGUGGCCCAGGGCGUGGGGACAAUUCAGCGCAAUCGCAUGGACGGGAUGGUCAUAUCGCACGGACAGAGUGGCAUUCGAAGCGGCAACGCCAAAGACGAUUCGGAUCCGCUCUCCAAGCGCCACUCAGACGGAAUCUUCACGGACAGCUACAGCCGCUAUAGGAAACAAAUGGCUGUCAAGAAAUACUUGGCCGCCGUCCUAGGGAAAAGGUAUAAACAAAGAGUUAAAAACAAAGGACGCCGAAUAACGUAUUUGUAGCAGCGAUGAGUUUACCGGCUACCUUGUGUAUACAACCCUGACACAAUGAAAAGUCAUUUUCCUUACAAACUGGAACAGUCAUCGCUCAUGUGUUCUAUCCAAACAUGUAUUUAUGUAUGAAGUAAAGCCAUUAAAUGAAUAUUUUGAUAAUAAUAUUGUUUUUUCUUUUUACAAAGCACUAGAGAAUGCACAGAUAUACUUUGUGGACCAAUUAUUGAUAUAUAUAUUAUAAAUAUAUAUAUUUAAGAAUAUAUAUAUAUAUAUAAUAGAGAGCAGUUCAUAAAAAUGUGCACCAGGAUUGAAAAAUUCACCUGAGCUGUUUAUGUAUUUAUAUAUAAAAUAGAUAGAAAAAUAGACAAUCAUUGUUUUAAAUAUUACUCCUAUUUUUGUAAACUGGAAUUAAAAGGAUAGUAUUUUUAUCCACCACAGGCCUGAAGAUGUUAAUACUGACCAUUUGCUACUGUAUAUAAACAAAGACUCCCUGCUUCAGGGAGAUUUUGAGGUCAAGAUUUGGGAGAAUUGCUGUAGGGCAUUCUCUCCCAGCGAGUCUCUGGGGCAGGCUGCUACAAUCCCAGCCCAACUCAACUGGGCACUGUCUCCCUCGCUGGGUGACAAUUCUAAUACUUCUGCUUUCUUUGAUUCUCCUUUUAUGUGUAUUCGUCUCUCCUUAGACUCUCAGCCCACAAGAAAAUUCUCCCGAUAAAAAACAACAGCUCUAUCUAAAUUGUGCUUCUCCCCAGAAUUGACACCAUUUCCUGGGGGCAAGAGUUGGGAGAUUAUACAGAGAAGGGAGACUUGAGUAGAAGCUCCCUUUUCUGUACUUCCAGGAAACCCACUAUCCCAAGGUUAGGGCAAUUGGAACCAAGUGGAAGAAAGGCAGGUAUACUGGAAGAGGCAGAGCCUAAGGCAGCAGGAGGAGGACCCCGGAGAGGGACUCUUUUGGGGCUGCCCCAGAUCUGGGACGCUGGGGUUAAGCCGAGUCCCCACCUGAGGUCCCCAGCCUGACUGACUGGGUGCUGGGUGUUUGAAACGGGUGCAAAGUACAAUGUGUUUUUCUCCAGUGCUGUCCAUGCUUCUCAUCUUGUGAAAUGGCCAGGAUUCUCCCUUGUGAACGCUGCUCCAUAGGAGCCACCCUUUUCUUUGGUGUUUCUGGUUAUUUUUUGUUUUGUUUUGUUUUGUUGUUUUGUUUGUUUUUUUUCCUGAAGACUCUGCCUUCCUACCCUCUUGCACUGUUUAAAUACUGGUUACCAUUUUCAUUCACUUCUCUUAAACUUGUGAAUGUGUCUUAUUUUUGUCGUUGAUUGAUGCAAGUGCUUAUUGUAAAGUUUAGGAAACCCUGUGUAGUUAUCGCUAAGUAAUUAUGCACUAAAUAUGAACCUUUUGUUUCUUGUUUCUUGUGUUUGUAGGUAAAAUGUAUUUUUCUACAUCAUGGCUUAUUGCUUAGUAAAAGUUAUUUCAUAAACCAACCUUUGUCAUAUUAGAAUGUGUAGUGUUCACAUGUUGCUCAGUUUUACUAACUGAUAAAUCCUUUAAACCUCAUCUUAUGUAUGAGUAUUAUCUUGUAUUUGUGAUCAAGAGUAAGGUAAACAAGCUCCAACAGACCCUGAGAACUUCCCUGUGUAUCCUUUCUUGGCGACAGAAAGCAUGUCUGUCUGAUUCCUCUCAAAUUCUUGAACAUACCAAGUAAUCUCUAAUAACAAAAGAACCUUCACCCAACAACCAGAUCAAGCAACAGCACGCAAAACAAACUCCCAGUUUUCAGGCACAGAUUCUGUUGAAAAGGAAGAAAGAAGAAGAAGAAGAACAAGAAAAGAUUAAACAUUAGCCUGUAAAAUUUAAAGGACCUUUCCUUUUUCCUUUACGGAUUCGAUCGGUAUGAAGUCAUAAAUCAAAGAAAACAGAAUUGAAUUUGCAUUCCCAGGCGGGAUGGAUGCUGCCAGGAGAUCACAUUGCAGACAGUGAAAGCACAGAGGCAUUCGAUCUAUGCCUGAGCCCUGUGUAUGGGAUCAAUCUUUCUUUAAUUCUGCAGUCUCCUCAGGCAAUGUGACCUGGGACGCAGUUUGCAGCUGUAGUGCCUUUCUUUGCCUUUUAAAUCGCCACGAAUCACAGAUGGCUAUUUAGUGGCCCUACAAUGCUGCAACACAUCGGCUUGCAUUUUAGUCUUAUUUGUUUCUUGGAUAAUGGGCAGAAUUUUCUGUAUUUGUGUCAGCUGUUAGUGGUGAAAUAGGGCUCUAGUUAACCUUUUUAUUUAUGAAGUCUAAUUUAGUGUUUCUGUGGCGAGUUGCAAGCAUUUACAGUGAUCAUCCAGUUUAAUCUUUUGUAUACUUUUUAGAAAUGCCAAGAGCCUUACUAACCUAACGCAGAUUUAUGAUAUAGUGAAAAUUUAGGUAGAUGUUAGUCUUGAAGCUUUUAUUUUGUGUGCAAAUGAUUAUAAAAACAUCUUAACCAAGUAUUACACACAUGCUAUCUAUAAUUAGGUCUUUGAUAACUGUUAUAUGAAGUGUGUGAAAUUUGUAUGAAUAAAUUUUUGUAAACAAUGCAA